AUGUCGGGUCGCCAACCAUUACCACCCCCGGAGCCGCCCAAGCCGACGCGGCCGCCCUUUAAGAAGAGCUUCCAGGGCAAGCGCAAGCGCGACGAUGCCGGCGGCGACAAUGUCAAUGGCUUCGUGCCGCCGCCGGGCGGCGACCGUCGAGCACCGCGGCCCAAGAAGCAGAAAAAGGAGGGAGACGACACGGACAAGCCCAGACAACGACAAACACCGCCGCCGCCAUUGAGUGCCGCCGAGAAACGCGCCAAGUUCAAGGCCAAGAAGCAAAGGGCCAAGGAGCAGAGCAAGCUGAACAACAACAACAACAACAACAACAACAACAACACCAACCACCCCUACGCCGUCAACGAGGCCGACCUCGACUACGACCUCGCCCUCAACCGCUCCUUUGCCCGCAUGGACGGCGACCUCGCUGCCGCCUACCUGGCCCGCCAGACCAAGCGCUACGGCAGCGACCUGAGCGAGGUCGAGCUGGCCGACCUCAGCGUGCCCCGGACCGCCUUUGUCGACGCGUCCGCCUACGACAAGGACCGCACGCUCGACAACCUGGCCGACUUUCUGGAGGCCAUGGCCUCCAUCACCGAAACCGGCAAACCGGGCAGCAAGGGCAAGGGGAAGCAGAUUCUCCAUACGGCACCCGACGCCAAGGGCGCGCCGCACACGAUUGUCGUGACGGGGGCGGGCCAGCGCGCGGCCGACCUGGUCCGGGCGGUGCGGGCGUUUGGCACCAAGAACAAUGCCGUGGCCAAGCUGUUUGCCAAGCACAUUAAGCUGGCCGAGGCCGUUUCGUUCCUGGGGGCGCACCGCACGGGGCUCGCCGUGGGCACGCCGGCACGCCUCAUAGACUUGCUCGACAAUGGCGCGCUGUCGGUCGCGCACCUGCGGCGGAUCGUGGUGGACGCUUCGCACAUUGACCAGAAGAAGCGGGGCGUGCUGGACAUGCCGGACACGGUGCUGCCGGUGGCGCGGUGGCUGUCGCGGCCUGAGAUCAAGGCGCGGUACAAGGAUGGCGAGACCGAGGGCGAUGUCGCAGACGAAAAGGACACGGCGAAAGACGGCCCGAAGCCUAUAUCGAUUCUGUUUUAUUAA